AUACCAUAUAAUAUGGAUGUAAUAAGAAAUUGGAGAUUAAGAAGAAUUUGCUUUUCACGAUAUUAAAUCAUAGAAGUUUGAUCAUAUUGUUCCCACUUUCUAUGCAUGUGUAUAUAUGGCUGUACAAUGGUUUCGUUAGCCAGAAUUCUGCUUUUUGCUACAUAUUGUGUUAUCGUUAAUAGCACAGCAGCAUCGCGGGUUUUAGAACUUAGCGACAGAUUUUUAGAUAUUCACAAAGAAGGACAAUGGCUUAUUAUGAUGUAUGCACCAUGGUGUGCACACUGCAAAAGGUUAGAGCCAAUUUGGGCGCACGUUGCUCAGUACCUCCAUGCAACAUCUAUUAGAGUUGGAAGAAUCGAUUGCACUCGCUUUACAAGUGUUGCCCAUUCUUUCAAAAUAAAAGGAUAUCCAACAAUUUUAUUCUUGAGUGGGAAUCAUCACUUUGUUUAUAAUGGCGAUCGUACGAGAGAUGAAAUUGUUAAAUUUGCAAUGAGAUUAAGUGGACCACCGGUACAAGAAAUAACCAAAAGCACAAGCUUUAACACUUUGAAAAAAGAUAAGGACUUGUAUUUUUUAUAUGUUGGUGAAAAAUCUGGAAUGUUAUGGGAUGUGUAUCAUAAUAUUGCAGCGACAUUCCAGCCUCAUGCAUUUUUUUAUCAGUCACAUCCUGUUGUUGUUGACAAACAUGCUCCAAUUGAAAAGACCCCUACACUUUUAGUGUAUAAAGAAAAUGUACACUAUAAUUUUACAGAUUAUAAAAUUACCGAUAGGAAAAAAUUAAACGAUACUUUAUACAAAUGGGUUAAUGCCGAACGCUUUUCAACAUUUCCAAAAGUUACACGCGGAAACAUUAAUCAAUUAUUUAUGACAAAUAAAAAUCUAGUCUUAGCAGUAUUGGAGGAAAAUCAGUUGGAAGAAGUUCCACCAAAUAUGCUAGAAUUCAAAGAUAUGGUGGAAUCUGUGAUCAAAAUGAAGCGGCAAAAAUAUCACGAUGAUUUUCAGUUUGGUUGGAUAGCCAAUCCCGAUCUAGUCAAUAGUAUAGCAAUGAUGGUUGUACCGCUUCCAAGUUUAAUUGUAAUAAAUUCAACGACGAAUCAUCAUUAUAUUCCAGAGGACGAACCCGAAAAGUUAACUCCUCACGUGAUUGAAUUGUUCCUAGAACAAAUUCAGCAUGAAAGUGUUCCGAAAUAUGGUGGAAACAGCAUAAUAGUAAGAAUAUACAGAUCAUGGUUUGAAGUUCGCUUUGCUCUUGCAUCAAUGUGGCAAGGCAAUCCCAUUUUAACUUUAGUUUUAUUUGGUCUGCCAGCCGGAUUCUUAUCUCUUAUUUGUUAUAAUAUCUGGUGUCCAGAUAUAUUUGACGCAGAUGAGGAAGAAGAAGAAUAUGCAGGAUCAAGUCAUAUAAAAAAAGAUUAGACACUGCUUGCCAAGAAUUAAAAAUUGAAAAUUACGAACUGACAAUUAUAAUAGUUAUAUAUUUAAUAAUUCCAGUAAAUUAUGAGAACAAGUUUUUGUUACUAUAUUAUACGGAGAAGUUUGUGAAGCGAUGUGAAAUAGUGCUAUAUCGUGUAUUUUGAAAACGCACUUAUUAAUAAUAAAUAAAAUAGUUAAUUAGAUUUUAAUAAUUUUAUCCAAAAAUCAUAUAUUGU